CUUCCACUCAACCGGCUCGCUAUGAUCCUUGGGGCUGGGGCCCGAAGCAAUCUCGCGGCUCUGUUGAUACGGCUGCAGAGACGAUGGCUUUCCAGAUGCUCUGGAAGUGCGCGGUAAAUUGCAUGCGCGACGGCGCUAAACCAUGCACGGCCUGCAAUGGGCUCUGGGACGAGUCCAAGAAAAUGGUGUCCACCCGUGGAUCCAAGGAGGAACUCGAAUUCUGGGUGUGUGUGCGGGAAUGCUCUCGCGACAGGUUGAUGUCUUGUAUGGAAUGCGAGACAGCCUGGCGCCAGCAACUAGCAACGGCAUCGCCCAAGGACCUGCCAGUGGAACAAGCGGCGGCAUACGCUGAGAUCUGGAACUGCGUGGUCCACUGCGACAAAGACAGGACGCAGAAAAUGUGCGCGCCGUGCGACGAACUUUGGAGAAAAUGGGAUGCAGGACUACCGCCCUUUGGACCCGAACGGGCUGGUCUUAUUACCGCCGGAGUUGAUGACGGAUCUCCAUCAGAUCCCAAUACCGAGGAAUUCGCGAUCAGGUCUCGUCUUGAUUCAUGCAUGAAAGGAUGCACUACAGCCAAUGAAAUAAAACCCACCAGCUACUGCAACUACUGCGAAGUGCUCGUAAGAUCCGUCCCACUACUGGUGCCGCAUCCCUGGAUUCGUCGAAGCAUUUCCCCCGAGUCCAGCAAGACCAUCGCAAAGCGCCUGCUAUUCGUCUGGGACCCGGCCACCGGUGUCUUCAAGUGCACAGAACAGUGUGCAAAGGGCAAGGAUUACUACAUCUCGUGUCUCCCCUGCCUGUACGAUAAGGGCAUCCCUGUUGGCGACAACCUACCCGAGACUGGCCAAGCAGAGGUCGGACGUCUAAGCCUGCCAUGA